CAUCUGCUGGCUCCUUGGACCACUCCGGCACUGGUAUGCUUUCCAAGUCUGUAUCCAUGAGCGCCAUCAACUGCCUCUCGGAGCGCUCAGAUCCAGAUGGACAUUCAUCCCAGUGCUCUGCCACUGACCUCAGCAAACCCUGGAACCAGCUGGAAGGGAACUCUGGGACCUGGGCAGGCUCCUCCUUACGAAGGACCUUCAGCUUCCUCUUCCUCAUGACAGGCAAGUCCAAGGCCCGGGAAAAGGAGAAGAUGAAGGAAGCCAAGGAUGCCCGCUAUACCAACGGGCACCUCUUCACCACCAUCACGGUUUCGGGCAUGACCAUGUGCUAUGCCUGUAACAAGAGUAUCACCGCCAAGGAAGCCCUCGUCUGCCCAACCUGCAAUGUGACUAUCCACAACCGCUGUAAAGACACCCUCGCCAACUGUACCAAGGUCAAGCAGAAGCAACAGAAAGCCGCCCUGCUGAAGAACAACACUGCCUUGCAGUCUGUUUCCCUUCGCAGUAAGACAGCCACCCGAGAGCGGCCCUCCUCAGCCAUCUACCCCGCUGACAGCUUCCGGCAGUCCCUCCUGGGCUCCCGCCGUGGCCGCUCGUCCUUGUCUUUAGCCAAGAGUGUCUCCACCACCAACAUUGCUGGACAUUUCAAUGAUGAGACGCCCCUGGGGCUGCGUCGGAUCCUCUCUCAGUCUACAGACUCGCUCAACAUGCGGAACCGAACCCUGUCGGUGGAGUCCCUCAUUGAUGAAGGUGCAGAGGUGAUCUACAAUGAGCUGAUGAGCGACUUUGAAAUGGAUGAGAAGGACUUUGCGGCUGAUUCCUGGAGCCUUGCUGUGGAUAGCAGCUUCCUGCAGCAGCACAAGAAGGAGGUGAUGAAGCAGCAGGACGUCAUCUACGAGCUGAUCCAGACGGAGCUGCACCAUGUGAGGACGCUGAAGAUCAUGACCCGCCUCUUCCGCACGGGGAUGCUGGAAGAGCUGCAGUUGGAGCCAGGCGUUGUGCAGGGCCUGUUCCCCUGUGUGGAUGAGCUCAGUGACAUCCAUACGCGCUUCCUCAGCCAGCUGUUAGAACGCCGACGGCAGGCUCUGUGCCCUGGCAGCUCCCGGAACUUUGUCAUCCAUCGCUUGGGUGACCUGCUCAUCAGCCAGUUCUCAGGUCCCAGUGCAGAGCAGAUGCGGAAGACCUAUGCAGAGUUCUGCAGCCGGCACACCAAGGCCUUAAAGCUCUAUAAGGAGCUGUAUGCCCGAGACAAACGCUUCCAGCAGUUCAUCCGGAAAGUGACCCGUUCAGCUGUGCUGAAGCGGCACGGGGUCCAGGAGUGCAUUCUCCUGGUGACUCAGCGCAUCACCAAGUACCCAGUGCUCAUCAACCGCAUCCUACAGCAUUCCCAUGGGGCUGAGGAGGAACGCCAGGACCUAACAGCGGCACUGGGGCUGGUGAAGGAGUUGCUGUCCAACGUGGACCAGGAUGUGCACGAGCUAGAGAAAGGGGCCCGUCUGCAGGAGAUCUACAACCGCAUGGACCCUCGGGCCCAGGCCCCGGUGCCUGGCAAGGGGCCCUUUGGCCGAGAGGAACUUCUACGGCGCAAGCUCAUCCAUGAUGGCUGCCUGCUCUGGAAGACAGCAACCGGGCGCUUCAAAGAUGUGCUGAUGCUGCUGAUGACGGAUGUGCUGCUAUUUCUCCAGGAGAAGGACCAGAAGUACAUCUUUCCUGCCCUGGACAAGCCCUCAGUGGUGUCGCUGCAGAAUCUGAUAGUGCGGGACAUCGCCAACCAGGAAAAAGGGAUGUUCCUGAUCAGUGCGGCCCCGCCCGAGAUGUAUGAGGUGCAUACAGCGUCCCGGGAUGACCGGAGCACCUGGAUCCGUGUCAUUCAGCAGAGUGUGCGCGUAUGCCCAUCCAGGGAGGACUUCCCCCUGAUUGAGACGGAGGAUGAGGCAUACCUACGGCGGAUCAAGAUGGAGCUGCAGCAGAAGGACCGCGCGCUGGUGGAGCUGCUGCAGGAGAAGGUCGGGCUGUUUGCUGAGAUGACCCACUUCCAGGCAGAAGAAGACGGUGGCAGUGGAAUGUCCCUGCCCACCCUGCCCAGGGGCCUUUUCCGCUCUGAGUCCCUGGAAUCCCCCCGCGGCGAGCGGCUGCUGCAGGAUGCUAUCCGUGAGGUGGAAGGCUUGAAAGACCUGCUGGUGGGGCCUGGAGUGGAGCUGCUCCUGACCCCCCGAGAGUCAGCCCUGCCCUUGGAACCGGACAGCGGUGGUAACACGAGUCCUGGGGUUACUGCCAACGGGGAGGCCAGAACCUUCAAUGGUUCCAUUGAACUCUGCAGAGCUGACUCUGACUCCAGCCAGAAGGAUCGAAAUGGAAACCAGCUGAGAUCCCCCCAAGAGGAGGCGUUACAGCGGGUGGUCAAUCUCUAUGGACUUCUGCAUGGCCUGCAGGCUGCUGUGGCCCAGCAGGACACUCUGAUGGAAGCCCGGUUCCCCGAGGGCCCUGAGCGUCUGGAUCCGCGCAGGCGUAGCCUCCCCGCUGGCGACGCCCUGUACUUGAGCUUCACGCCCCCUCAGCCCAGCCGGGGACAUGACCGCCUGGAUCUGCCCGUGACUGUUCGCUCUGUCCACCGACCCUUUGAGGACCGCGAGAGGCAGGAGCUGGGUAGCCCAGAAGAGCGGCUGCAAGACAGCAGUGACCCUGACACUGGCAGUGAGGAGGAAGGCAGCAGCCGUCUGUCCCCACCCCACAGUCCACGAGACUUCACUCGAAUGCAGGACAUCCCGGAGGAGAUAGAGAGCCGUGAUGGGGAGCCUGUGGCUUCAGAGAGCUAAGGGGUUCCCUCUCCCUGUGCUGCACCCCACUGAAGAACAUUACUGAGGGGGGCAAACCUUGGUGACUCCAGUCUGCUAAUGAUGAGGGAACGUUUGAAAGAACUGCUGAUCGUCCUUGCCAGCUCUUGGAAUCCUUGGAUACCUGGGGCCAUUUAGCAAGCCAGGGGGUUUAGGCCACGGUAUCCCCUUGGUGGCAUCCAAAAGCUACACCACAGAUGCCAAUUUUUCAUGCCUUCUUCCCUCUACUUUAGGAAAAUUUAUUUAUUUAUUGUUUAUUAGUUAUGGGGGGAGAGGGGCGAUUUAAAGGACCAGGGACAUGGGAACCAAGCCAUAGGGAUCAGGGGGCCUUGUCCUUUAACACUACUGGGGUGUGUUCAGGGUUAGCCAUGCGCUGACAGGUUCUGGCCCUGACAUCCUUCCCCAGCAACACACAUCUUCAACAAGAGGCUACAACCACAGGACCCUACUGCCCCUUUAAGGAGGGCUGAGGGCAGGGCCACACCCCUCUCCCUGCCCCCCUCCACCUCUUACUACUGCUCUCUCCAUCCUCCAGGAAACCCAGGGAGAGAAGACCUGGCUUCCUGGAGUUGGUGGCAUAGAAGUUAGGGCGGCCAUAAUGGUUUAUUGGGGGUGAGGGAAAAAACCCACAGGGACCAGAAUGUUUUACUCUUCUUUUCUUUUCUUUUUUGUACCAAAGCCAACUGCACGUGUUUUAUACUUUUAAGAGAAGAUUGUAGGCAGUAGAGAUCGUAGCCUUCUAUUUCCAACUCUGAACUUGAGGGAAGAACGGGGAGAGUGACCUCUCCCUUCAUCUAGAGUAAUGGCGCUCCUAUCUGACCCUCUUUAUCAGCUAUUUGGAAGAAGUUCUAGGGUGGGUUAGGGAAGCUGUAUGAAUCCUGACUUCAUCUCCCACCUCAGUAACCAUAACCUAAAACCUCAGCGUGAAUUUGGGGGGUUUUUCAGUGGACUCCCCCAGUGCCCACCAGCUCCAACCAUUUUUCUGCCAAUAUGAUUGUUAAAAAAAAAAAAAAGAAAAAAGCAAAAGAUCAAGCAGGGAAAAUUAAAGACUGAAAACCCA